ACUUCCGUAGCGUCGCGUUGACUGGAGCGGUUGGGUGUUUGGCGUUGGAAGCUAAAGCUAGCUCCAAUAUACGUACAUUUUAGCAAAAGAAAACAAACAAUUCUGCUCUAAUGGAAAGUAUUAAUGCGAAAUACGUGUCUCGGAAAAUUAGUAAAGUCAGAUGGCGGCCGGUAUCGCUUUCAUCUCUGCAGCAGCCCGAAAUCUUUGCGACUGGCUCUUGGGAUAACGAGGACAACACAGUUUCAAUCUGGACUAUUGGAAAUAAUGGAAUUUCUUCUUUGGAAGAAGGAUUCGAUGGGGACCCAAAGCCGCUGUGUGAGCAUAAGCAUGAGGGAGAUGUUCUCGAUCUUCAAUUUCUGGACCAAGAGAAAGUCAUAACAGCAUCAUCAACCGGAGGUGUGACCAUUCUCCGCUACAACAAUAACAAUCAGGCACUCUCCGUCUCACACCAGUGGGCAAAAGCGCAUCAUUACCCUUGUGACAAUGCCCCGUGUACUAGUGUGGUGUGCAGCAGCCCUGAGAUUGUUAGCGUUGGUGAAGACGGCAGGAUUAUUGUCUACAGAGCUGACCAGGGAGGAAUCAUUCGAACCAUAGAUAAUGCAGAUAGCAGUACAAUUCAUGCUGUGACUUACCUGAGAACAACUGAGAUCCUGACGGUGAAUUCCAUCGGCCAACUCAAGAUUUGGGAUUUCAGGCAACAGAGCAACUCCCCAUCGCAGAUUCUUUCUCUCUCAGGCGAUCGUGUCCCCCUGCACUGUGUGGACCGACAUCCAAACCAGCAGCACAUCGUGGCCACGGGAGGCCAGGAUGGAAUGCUCUGUGUUUGGGACGUGAGGCAAAGCAACACGCCUUUCUCACUCAUGGAGGCGCACUCUGCUGAAAUGUGGGAAGUUCACUUCCACCCAAUGAAUCCAGAUCAUCUGUUCACAUGCUCAGAGGAUGGAUCACUGCUGCACUGGGAGAUAUCUUCACCUUCAGACAUGCCAUCCUUCCUGCAAGGUGGUAGAAACAACAGCAUGGUAUCCCGCAGUGCGACAGCUCCUGCUGGAGGCAACCAGUCCCUCAUCAAUGCAUGGCUCAGCGGAGACUCAAGUAAAGGUCGUCUGGAGACAACUCACAUGCUGCCCAGCCAAACGCUGUCCGUAAACAGUUUGGAUGUACUUGGACAGUGUCUCGUGUGCGGUACUGAUGGAGAGGCUAUAUUUGUUAACAGACAAGUCCCAGUUUGAAUGCUUAGCAAAUGUUUUGUUUUUUUGCAGUCUCAGUUCCAGUCAUACAUACUGAGUUCAUUUGCAAUGCAUUUUAAUGUCCGUGAUUGAUCAAGUCUUUGUGUGUAUCAGUCCCAGCCAACUAUUUUGCAUCUUUUUUUGUAUAAAUGUCAAUUUAAUACUUUUGGAAAUAAAUUAAUAAAUAAG